AUGAAGAAGUGUACCAUUUUAGUUGUGGCAUCCCUUUUGUUAGUUGAUUCCUUACUUCCAGGAUAUGAUCAAAAUAAAAAUGUCCAAACCAAAAGAAACUUAAACGAGUUAUGUUACAAUGAGGAAACCGAUAAUAAAUUGUAUCAAAUGCUUAACUCAAAAAAUGGAAAAAUAUCCAACCGAAAUAUAGUCAACAGAUUACUUGCAGCUAAACCCGAAGAAAAAAAGGAAGAAAAAAAAGAAGAAAAAAAAGAAGAGAAAAAAGAAGAGAAAAAGGAAGAGAAAAAGGAAGAGAAAAAAGAUGAGAAAAAGGAAGAGAAAAAAGCGCCUGAGAAUAAAUUGAAACAGCAACCAGAAGAAGGACAAGGAGGUAACGUAGUGCCAGGAGGUGGAGGAGUAGACGUACCAGGAGCAGGAGCAGGAGCAGGAGCAGGUGCAGGAGCAGGUGCAGGAGCAGGAGCAGGAGCAGGUGCAGGAGCAGGUGCAGGAGCAGGACAAGGAGGUGAUGCAGCAGAACAAAGAGGAGGAGGAGGAGGACAAGAAGGUGAUGCAGCAGAACAAAGAGGAGGAGGAGGACAAGGAGGUGAUGCAGCAGAACAAAGAGGAGGAGGAGGAGGACAAGAAGGUGAUGCAGCAGAACAAAGAGGAGGAGGAGGAGGAGGACAAGGAGGUGAUGCAGCAGAACAAAGAGGAGGAGGAGGACAAGAAGGUGAUGCAGCAGAACAAAGAGGAGGAGGAGGAGGACAAGGAGGUGAUGCAGCAGUACCAGCAGAUAGACCAGCAGCACCAGCAGAUAGACCUGCAGCACCAGCAGAUAGACCAGCACCACCAGCAGAUAGACCAGCACCACCAGCAGAUAGACCAGCACCACCAGCAGAUAGACCAGCAGGAGGUGGUGGUAAUAACAACAACCCAAGAGGCCAGGGAAAUCAACCAGCAGGAGGUGGUAAUAACAAUAACCCAGGAAGAGGUAAUAACAACAACAAUAAUAAUAAUAAUAAUAAUGAAGCGCCUGCGAUGCCAACUGUGGAGCAAAUAAAUGAGUUCAUUAAUAAGGUCAAAAAUGAAUUAACAGACGAGUGGUCUCAAUGUAGUGUAACAUGUGGUACUGGUAUAAGAAUUAGAAAACGACCAAAUCUAAAUAAGCAACCAGAAAAUUAUACCAUAGAUGAUUUUGAAACUGAAGUUUGUAAAAUGGAUAAAUGUUCAAGUAUAUUUAAUAUUGUAAGCAACUCAUUAGGAUUUGUAAUAUUAUUAGUAUUAGUAUUCUUUAAUUAA